GAAGGCUGUGCUACUACUCUGUUGCGUGCUCUCGUAAACUGGCAACUGGAGCAGCCGCUGUGGCUAAUGACUCGACCAUUAUCAUUCAACAUACCGUGACAACCAGGUAUUUAGGUACAAUACUGGAGUUCUUGUGGUGGUUGCCAACUUCGCCGCCCAUUUGCAGGCCUCUUGGUGUCUCUGCAAGCUAUUAAGCUAUUAAGCAAUAGGUAGUAUACCCCCAACCGAACCGACUGACAUGGAAGGAAACUCGGGGAAGGACGAGGCCAAGACGGAAGAACGGUGCUCAAUCGAUACUGCUGUUGGAGACUCCAGUAGUGGUAGCAACAUUGGUCGUUCGGUCCGAUUUCCGGAGAAUUAUCGGCGGAAGGAAGAAGAUAAUAAUACGGGGACAGGGGAGGCUUCUUCUGUGGGACGAGGGGGCGAGAAGAGGGAUAUCAAGGCUGAGAUGCCCAACAACGACGGCGGAGAGGACACGGCUGACGACAGUUCCAGUGGUUCUGCCCACUCGUUAGAGGAUUCGAGUGCUUCGUACGAAGAACCAAUGGAGGCCGAAGAUGCCAAGCCCGUUCGCUUGAGCAGUAGCAGUAUGAAUCAUUCGAGCCGAAGUCUGCGACAUUCCAGUCAUCAUUCGACUGUCUAUACAAUCCACGAAAGCGACGAGGGAGAUUCCGAGGAAACCGAAAGUAGUGAAAGUGCCAUUGAUUUCCAACGGAUACCCCCCGAAGAAUUCGAAGACAGCAUGUCGCUCCUGAUGGACGACGAGGACGAGGAGUUCUCCAUGGACUUUACCGAUCGGGAAGACAGCAGCAUUCGACAGUCCCAGUUGUUUGUAGAUACCCGACCACAACUGAGCGAGGAAAAAGAGAAAGAACCCGCCUUGAUCAAUUCCGAUUCCACCAAGGAAACCAAGGUUACUUGGGACUCGAAUGUUUCUGGUGGCGUCGCUGACCUAGACUUUGGUGGCAAUGGCAACCAAGUAUCACACAGACGACUCUUUGGAGCUCAGGGGAGAAAACUCAUGGACAACUCGGGGAGAGCCAUUGCAGGUGUGCAAGAAAAACUGCAAGAAAAAGUCGAUCAGGUCGUGGAAACGGUCGAACUCAAUGCUAAUCAAUCCGAUCCCGAGGCCAAUCAAAAAGAGUAUGCCUUUGCCCUCAGUCUCGGUACCGUCCUGACCUUCAACAUGGGAUUUGUCAAUGGCGCAUGCUUUUCCGGUUGGGUCGUCGCGGGUGCCAACGAACCCGUCGCCGCGUUUACCAACCCCUACACCGACGCCGCACUCCAACUCGCCGAUGGCAAUUUCGAACGCGUCAAAUUUCAAUCCAUCAUGAUCUUUUGUUUCAUCGGGGGAUCCUUCGUCUCGGGGCUCGUCACUCCCAACGCCGUACCCUACCGCAUCGAACCAACCUACGGACCUUCCUUUUUGGCAGCUGGUAUUUGCUUGUGUUUGGCCAGCUUUUUUGCCACUGUGGAAGACUACUCCAAUGUCGCCUUUUAUCUAUCCGCCGCCGCGGGAGGAAUCCAAAAUGGAAUUGCAUCGUCCUACACGGCCAAGUUAAUUCGUUCCACGGGAUUGACUGGAAGUAGUACCGAUAUCGGACUCUAUUUUGGACAGUACAUUCGAGGCAACAAAGAAAACUAUUCCAAACUGGUGGUGCUCUGCAUGCUCACCGUCGCAUUUACACUUGGCGGGUUCUUCUCCUUUUACGCGGCUCAAGUCAUGUUGAGUUACACGCUCCUCGUCAGUGCAGCACUCUUUCUCUUUAUCGGAAUGAGUAUCAUGGUCUUCUUGGUCAAGAAACUCAGCAUUAGUUUUCGAUCGGCCAUUCUGGGAACUUGGAAGUGGCAAGCUGCGGCCGAAGCCAUCAAAAGUUCUUUUGGCGAUACCUUUGGAGAAACCUUUGAAUUGGAUGGGAGCAACCCUCGUGCCAUGACGGACCACGAAAUUGACCUCAUGUUUGAUCGAAUCGAUGUGGACGGCUCGGGUACGAUUGACGCCGAAGAAUUGUACAUUUUGCUACGGUCCACCGGUGCCCAGGUUUCGAGACAGGAAAGUGACAUGAUGCUACAAUACGCUGACAAAGACGGCGAUGGAGUCCUCGACAGAGAUGAGUGGAAAUUCGUCGUAGAGACGGCUCUGUCGGGACGAAAGAGCAUGAUGGAAUUGACCAAGAACGUGGCAGGGUCUGCAGCAGCGGCAGCCAGUCAAGUGGCCGCGUCCACGAGAGAUUUGAUGGGAUCGGGUGCCAUGAGGAUAAAGAAUUCAGUGGGGUCAACAACAGACAUGCUGGGGUCUUCUGCAAGGAACCUAUUUUCAACGUCAAGGAGCAUUGGUUCGUUUCGGGAGAAAAAGAAUCCACUUCGAAGAAUUAGUCUGACGAUGGGUGACUCCAGUAACCGGGACACGCCGCCAAAGAGGAGAAGGCGAAAGAAGAAACGAGAAAGGACCAAGAGCGAAGAUGAGGAAGAAACUUCCGCAUAUUUGGAAGACAGCUUGUCGAAUCUCGAGGACGAUUCAAAAGGGGAGAAAGAAAAGAAGAACGAGGAGGAGGCAAAAGAGGAGCUUGGUCCCUUUGGCGAUGACGCAGACCAGCAGGAACAAGAGAAAGCACGGCACGAAAAAACAAACCGGAAAAAAGUUGAAAAGCUUUAUUUGGCGCGGAAACAAAAGUGCAAACCCCCAGACCCCCAGCAAGAGACCGACCAACAACAAAAUGUGAUAACAUCCACGACAACGAGGACGGGGUCAGAUUGAAAUCCCCCCAGAACGCAUGAACAACGUAGGAAUCACCACCAGCGCUCUCUCAAGUUCAAAUGACAAUGGGUGAUGCUUCGGGCCUUAGGAAAAUAAACCUGCGACAAAUAACUGUACAGUAAAAGGUUUUGAGCUAGGAAAGGAUUCUUUGGGCAUGAUCGAGUCGUAAGCCGAAGCACCUAUUGAGCCAAUUCGGGACAAACGCCACAACGCGACAAUCCGAAUUCAUUCACCGCUGCUUUGCCACUGUCCAGCACAGACAAGGUGGAGUCAGUAUGCAUGUUGCCGUGAACAAACAGAUAAGCCAAACGCCUUGAGUAUCCUGGGGGCGUCAUCGCCUCUGACCACCCGUUUCUGGCCUGGUAGACGAGGAUUUGAAAAUGUUACCAACAAAUCUAAGUUGGUGGUUUGGCAAGCCAAGCCCAGAGCGUGGAAAUGCAAGGUUCGGUCGCUUUUUUGCAUGCCUUGGUUGUGCGAGGAAGGAAUACCAUGCACCCCAGCAAGCACACAGUUACCGUGAGGGCUUCCCGACGGAAAGCUUGUGUGGCUGUGGUGUACCGCUUUCAUGGGCAUCCACUAGUGCCGCCUGAUGAAGUUUUGGUGUCUCGAUUGCUUGCCCUGUCUCGGCAGCUUGAAUGGCUUAGGGACUUCAUCUUCGCAUAAAGGGCCGCCCUUUCUUGUUAGGUCACGCCCGGCAUUAUCUGAACAUUUGGCAUCGUUGCGGCUGGGGCUAGGCGUCAAGUCCCAAGGUCGGUCAAUGAGCUGGCCUCCCCGGUGGCGGUCCCUCUUUGAUCAAUUGCACACUGCUCUGCUAUUGGCUCGUUGGCCACCCCACUUACCCAAGGAUAUGUGAUUGGCAUUUCCAUCGGGGUAGGAGACAAGGAACUCCUGACGAUCCUUUUUGCCGUUGUCAAGUCUCUUGUGCCACGAGAUCAUGAUUGCCGUAAAUUCGAAAGAGGUCUCCCUGCAGGUCUCAUGGAGGCAAUGGAGCCCUUUGCACGGCGUCUGAGGCUGUUAUGGAAACAUGGUUGUCCGAGCUAGCCAUGUCCCCCGCAACAAAGACAAUAGUGCGUGACAGGAUUUCCUUUCUGCCAGAUUUUCCCUCAGGACGACUUUGGCUUGUUCCCCAAAAGUUCUAGGGUAGCAAUCUCAUACAGCCAGCCACAUGGUCCCUUGGUCACCUUCAAGAUGGGCAGGGCAUGGCUCAAAGCCUUGGGCGAUGUGGGCAGUGGGUGGAUGCUUGUUGCCAUGUUAGGCAGCUUGACCUGGCUAUCCAGUUUUUAAAACUACAUCUGCAGUAGUAGAAUGGGGUCUAGAGUAGGCUAGUUAUUUAGGGAAGCUAGUGGGAGGCAGGCUUAGCGGUGGCUGAUUCGGCCCAUCAUGAGGCUGUACCACCCGAUUUCAGUCUGUUCUGUGAGAGCUUCCCGGACUUCAACUCGAGAGGUCCCAAUCUAGGCUGCUGCCGGUGUUCGAUGAUGCCGUAGCGCAGAAAUUGAUUAGCGCAUAGCUUUCGAACGUGUUUGUCGAGGGUCACCAGGGCCUCUUUCCGUGUCAAUCGAGCUCCACGGCUGGUGCAUAGCAGGACAUGGUCUGGAGUCUCAUAUGCUUCUGCACACCGAGACAUCGGGAAUGGUCCUACAACUUUCUGAUUUUCAUGGAGCGUCCUACCGCACAGAAUCCUGUUGUGUUGUUCCCAACAUUUCAGCUGGUGCUGUUUCUUGUGGUCGUCUGCAACAUACGCCAGUGUGACUUGGAUGCCUGCUGACUUCAGCUAAACCCGAUUUUGUCUGCAUGCCCACAAGAGGCCAUAGUGUUUAUCAGUGGGGCUAAGGGCUCGUACCCGUCCAACUUGUUGAUAACGGAUUCACCAUCGAGUUUUCAGUCUACCGGUAGCGAACCCGCAGUGAUGUUGUGAAGCUGUCUUAUGAUAUCAGAGGUGACUAAUGCUCCGUAGAAUCCUCUUGCUUCACUUCGGUAGGGGCUUUGGGUGUCAAAGUUGCCGGGGAGGCGGUUUUUCCCGAGGAGUGCAUACGUUGGGUCGGAUCCCUGGAGCAUGAAAGCCGGCCUUCCUUGAAUGAACCAUCACUGACACCCCUUGCGGUACCCUGGGUGAUGGAUGCGGCUAGGUGUUGCCCAUUGUCAAUGCACUGAAUGACUUGUACUGCCCAGUGAUAUAUGGAAUCCAGAUGGUGUUGAAUGCACGUUGGGAUGUCUGUGGGUGCUGGGGGAUCAGGUGUGGGUGCAAGGAAGUGGGCGGCAGAGUCCAGAACCAGACUGGUGUUAUUUCGCCAAGCUGCUUUAGCCGGUCUGGAAUCUGGCGGGAGCACAUCUGUGGUGACCCGGCGUCACUGAAGUUGGUUCCUGUACAGAUGUGUCUGCUGUUGGUGGUGUGCACUUCCCAAUCUUCCUCGGGAUCCUCCGAGGUUAAGUCAUUUCUGCUGUGAGAGAUCAUACAUCGACUUGUCGGGGGUGGGUCCACUGUCCAGAGGCCCGGGGGUGUUCGCAAGAUGCUAUUGGUUGACGUAGGAUCCACAAAACAAGUGGAGAGGGCCACUUGCCAGAGGUCCCAGGAUGCCACUGAGAGGGAGGUGGGUGAUCGGGGCCAGUGGAGUCCGUUCGACCUUUCGUCGUAGAUGCCGUCAAAUGCUGCUUGAGUGAGUCUGGUGCCGUCUGCUGUAGUGAGGUCGGAAAGGGUCGUUGCACACAUGAAUUGCAUACAAUUGGAGAGACUGGAGGUCGUCUUUCCCGUAGUUGGAAUCAUUGAAGGCCACCUUUCAUGGAACUCACGCUUGGUUUCAAACUGGUGCUA